GAACUUGUCUUCCGGUUUUGGGGGGUAACAACAACAAACGACUGUACAGUCAAAUUGUUGCUGCUUGUGAACUGUACGUCUCAUUUUAAAGAAGAAAACAGAGAAAACAGGCUCUGCCAGCGCAUUUUACAGGGGGGAUGAUGGAGGAGAAUGAGGAGCAGUCAGAUGCUCCGCAGCCUGAGCUCAACUUCAGGAAUGAUAACAACGAGGAAGAUAGCUUCAGGCUCCACAUGGUGACGUGGAACGUGGCCACAGCUGAUCCCCCAGAUGACGUGACCUUGCUUCUCCAUCUGAACUCCCCAAAGAGCCCAGACCUCUACGUCAUCGGUUUGCAGGAGGUGUACUCGGGGCCGAUGAGGUUCGUGUCUGACUCGAUAUUCGAUGACCCGUGGAGUCAGCUGUUCAUGACGACUUUGGCACCGCUGAAUUAUGUGAAGGUGUCAUCCAUCAGAAUGCAGGGUCUGCUGCUGCUCUUCUUCUCCAAACUGGAGCAUGUCCCCUUCAUCAGAGACGUCAGGGCCACGUACACACGCACAGGCAUAUUCGGCUACUGGGGAAACAAAGGUGGCGUGUCUGUCCGUCUGUCCUUCUACGGCCACAUGCUCUGCUUCCUCAACUGUCACCUGGCUGCUCACAUGAAAUACGCCUCAGAGAGAGUGGACGAGUUUGAGUACAUCAUCGGCACGCAGACCUUCGACUGUAAGAAGGCGCAGACUGUCUUUGACCACAGGUUGGUGUUCUGGUUUGGAGAUCUCAACUUCCGGAUCCAGGACCAUGGAAUGCACUUUGUCCGAACCUGUAUCAACAACGAAACCUACAACCUCCUGUGGAGUAAAGACCAGUUGACCAUGUUAAAGACCAAAGAAAAGAUGCUUCAGGAGUUUGAGGAAGGACCUCUGGACUUCCAACCCACAUACAAGUUCGACCCGAACUCUGACACCUACGACAGCAGCGGUAAGAAGCGUAAGCCAGCGUGGACCGACAGGAUUCUGUGGCGGCUGCGGCCCACAGAUCUGCCCCCCGAGGAGCAAGAUGAAAGCGAUGUUGGACUCGAUGUUAGGGAGCUGAAGCAGCUGAAGGAGGACGAGGAGUACCCUCUGAAGGUCAGGCAGGAACUGUACACCAGCAAAAUGGAGUACAGCAUCAGCGACCACAAGCCGGUCAUCGGCGUCUUCACACUGGUGCUGAGGAAGAUUCACACGACUCCUCUGGUGCGUCUGCAGCCGGAGGGCGACUGGAGCGCAGACAUCGAUUCCAUAGUCCUGUACAGCCCUCUGCAGCCAUUCCCCUCCAGCACGUGGGACUGGAUUGGACUCUACAAGGUUGGAUUCAACAGUGUGUCAGACUACCUCACCUACACGUGGGUGAAAGAUGACGAGGUGGCCUUCAACGAGGAAAUCAUACAGGUUUAUGUUGAUAAAGAGGAAAUCCCCGUGCAGGGAGGAGAAUGUGUGCUCUGCUACUUCUGUAAUGCUCUGCAAAGCAUCAUUGGAAUCAGUGAACCUUUCAGGGUCCAUGAGUCGAAGGUCGCCAUCGAGGAAGGCUUGAUGCACGAGAAGAUCAACGGCCUUGACAAAACGGUAGCAAGUGAAGACGUUUGGAACUGAUCAGUCAGAUGUCGUAGACGUGGAGCAGAUGGGGGAGUGCUGCUCUUCCGGUGCACAUCCCCUCUUAAGUCUCUAAAGCCGUCAGUGUGGCUAAGAGUUUCUAACACCUCAUCUGGUUGUUACACCUUUUAACCACAGUUUAUGGCGACUACAGCAGAAACUUUGAGGACUUAAACAGACACCAGAGAAAUUUGAUUAAAGAAACAGAUGUGGUGUGUGUUUGGUUAUUAAGAGAAGUUGAUAGGUUAUGUGGUUGUAAGAAUUGAAGAUCAGGCAUGUUGCAGGAUUUGUACCAGUUUGCUGCUUUGUGUAAUCAUCGGUGAAAUGACGCUCUCAUUUCAAGAGUCACGUAUUUAAACUCCAUGUUUUGAUGCUGAAGUUGCUCACAGCUGCUCCGGAGAUGCUGAACGAUGAGGCCGGAAAUGUUUUAAAUUGUCGCAUUUGAAAGCGUGAAGAAAAAUCCAGUCAAACUGGAUGCUGUAAUGAUGAAAAGGGAAUCAACAAGGCUCACUGGCCCAUCCUUGUUUACACGACAAUUAAAGAAUCAGUCAUUUUAAAGUAAAACACAAUUAAAUCUAUUUUUAUCGCUCACUGAGCAAGUACUAUGAGACCCGUGUUCUUAAAUUAAAUGUGUAGAUGUCACACAAGCACACUCAUUAAGCUGGAUCAAGAGUUUAAAGAAGAAGUGACUUCAUCGCUUUCCGCACUUUCAUGUCAGUCCGACUCAAGCUUUAAAAUGAAAAGUGCUCUUUGUAGUUGAAAAAAUAAGAGCUUUGGAACUUGUCCGAAAACGCAUUUCACCUUAACUUUGUUUUAGUUUGAAGGACCGCUGAACAUACAGUCAAAAUAUAAGCACUCUUCUUUAACGGUGCAUGCUGCUUUAGCUUUGUUAGUAAAGAAAAUAAAGAGUUAAAGAGGUCAGAGAUGUCAUUCUUUAAUCAUGACUUUUAAUACAUUUGCACGGAGGAAUUUCAUAGGAAUUUAAUUCUGUACUUUUCCUGCAAUUUCUGUAGUUUGAGUUUUGUUUCAUCAGUUUGUAUGUUCGGGGUCCUACAGACUUAAAGCAAAGAUGAGAUCAUGAAUGAAAACCCUUAAAGGUAGAAACCAAGAGCGCUAAAGUUAUAUAUAUAUCACUCCUACGUUAAAGAUUCAAAUUUAAAAACAGUGACUUGUUUCUUUUCUUCAAUCUGUAGAGGUUCAUUAGUCACAGCACUGAUCUCUGAGAGCUGAUUCUUCUUCUUCUUCGUGGUUUGAAAAGUUUUUAUUUUGAAAAAUGAAUCCAGUUGACAGAAAAGCUCGGCCCGGUGUUGUGGAUGGACUGCUGUAGGAAGGUUGUGCAGUUCAGAUUUUCUCCUCACAGUAUUUUACUGAACUUCAGUCGUUCCUGGAGGACUUGAAAACAUAGCUCUAUAUUAUAUAUAUGAUAUGAAAUGUAACGUUGUGUUGUGGUGGAGCAGAUUCUCUGUAUCUUGUUUUUAGGUUGCAGCUUCGGCACUUUGCAGUUUAAUUUAAAAUAUGAAUCAUUCCUUUUCUUACUGGUGGAGUUUGACGGAUGACGAGGAUAUGAUGCACUGUGAUGUUGAUACAUGUACGGGUUAUUAUUAUACGCGCGUUUGAGUAAAGUUAAAAGACGUUGUACUGUAAGGGUUCAGCAAGUGCCUUUGAAAUGAUUUAUGCUUAACAUUUAGCGUACUGUACUUCGCUGCUCAGUUUUGAUUCAAUAUAUAUCAGAUUAUUUAUCUUAACACGGCUCAUGAACUCUUUUUACUCCUUGAUUUCAAACGUUUUAAACUUUCUCCUGCUCGAGGAUCUCUUCUUUCUUUCUUUUUUUUAAUUUGGCCUGCUGGAAUUAAAUAUAUUAGCCGAUUCAUAUCACAGUUUUUAUUUUGUAUUUUCAACUCAAGAAGUGACUCCUUUUCUCAAGUAGAGAUGUCAUGUACUGUAACAAAUUUAUAGCUUUGCAAAUGCAAACAUUAAAAACAUCACUUCAUUGUU